CUUAACCGAGUCAAUGAAUAAGCUUUCAUUUGAAAAUGUUUAUUAAAAAUGUGGUGUUCCAUUUCAAUUCAAGCCGUUUAAAUUCACAGAUCGAAGGCAUCUUAUCUCGAGUAUUAAGAAUGAGCGGCACAAAAGUACCACAUACCCGAAUAAAGAAACCACAGGCUGGGAUCAGAACACAUCCACACAGCAAAUAUGCGCAAUCAAAAUUAAAGUCAAGUGAAACCGCCAGUACCGAAACGAAUGAUGAAGAAGAAUCUUGGAUGGCGAAAACCGAAAAAGUCCUCAAUGCAGGAAUGAAGCCCAUAGAUGCAGCACAGAAGCUUCAGUUGGAACAGAAAUACGCAGCAAUGUCGAGUAACGCGUCUGUUGGUGACAACCCUGAAGUAAAGAUUAUACCGAUUCCUGAAUACAAAGGAAUGAUUGAGGACCUUACUAGACUUAGGGAAAUAAAUGUUGCGCACACCAAUCAGAUUAAAGAACUUGAGCUGGAAACACGAAAGGUGUUGGGUGAAUUUGGAGGACUAUAUGAAGAAAACGCAAAACUACGAAAUAAAUUGGAUACAGGCGGUGAACCCUUUGCAGAAUCAUACAGGAGGAUAUUUGAUGAUCGCAAAACUUUACGAGAGGCCGAGGCUGGCUAUAAAAAGCGCAUUAUUCGGUUUGAACAAGAAGUAGUAGACGCUAAAAAGAAAAUAGCGAAACUUGAACAUGAUAUUCAGGCAACGAAAACAAGACUUGAAAAGUACAAGAAGAUAACAAGUAAAGAUAAAGUUCUCGACGCGCUGAACAAGCAAAUAAAAGAUCUUAAAGACGAAAAUAAAGGGCUGAAAGCAGAGCUAAAACUAUUAGUUCAAGCUGCAACAAGAGCUCCAAGAAAGCAAAACAGUGUUUCUUUGGCUGAAAGCAAGCCUGGGACAAAAACACGUCGAAAGUUCUUAGAUCAAGGAAAAGCUAAAAUAGAUUGCAAAAAAGAAAGCCACAUUUCUAAAACAAAACACGGAGAUUCUAAGGAAGUGGACACUGAAGUCAAUAGAUAUCAUGAUCAUGGAUACUAUUUCGACUAUAGGAAUGGUCUUCCGGAUACAGAUAUUAAUCACUGGUAAUACGGGAUCUAUAUAGCAUGCAUUGUUUUAAUAGUUCGUAGCUGCUGUCAAGAAUAAAUGAAUUGAAUAACAAUAUAUGUAUGUAUACACACUAGGAACCUCGUUGUCAGUAGCAUAUGUGCAAAACUUAAAGGGGCUAGACACCAGAUGACCCUAAAAUCGGCAAAUACCUUAUUUCCACAAAACAAGUCUAGAGCUAUCAAAACGACAACAUGAGGCCGAUAAUACAUCAUUUUACAUUAUUUAACGAGUGUUUAACUUUUUAAAAAUAGCGCAUAAUGGUUUCCCAAUCUAUAGUGUGCAUAUACUUUUAAGCUUGUGACUGUAACAUGAUUAGUACAGGUACAUAUACCGACGCUUCUCUUUUAAUUAACUGGGAUGUACCUGGUAGACAAACCCAGUAAAUAUUGAAUUGGAAAAAAUACUCAAAUACUGCGAAAGACACAUAUGUAGCGAUGGGAUACCUUAGUAAGAUUCAAUGCGAUGUACACAUAGAUAUUUUGUGAAAAAAUUGACAUUUUUUUUUGCAAUUGUAUCAUCUGGUGUCUAUUCCCUUUAACAAUGGGGUAAAGAGGUCAUUGAUCUCUAGCAUGUGCUCAUCAUUUAAGGACGUAAAUACAAUACUAAUGGUUACUGCCAUAACCGUGUUAUUUUAAACCCGCUUCCAAUCAUAAGGCGUCUAGGCCAGCCACUACCAAGCUGUAUAAUCACAUUCAAGUAAUUUCUUACUCUUCAAACGUAUGUGUUAUAUGUUUCCUACACAGUGUCAUGCCCCUCUAGUUUAUGUUACAGUAUGAGAUUGCCUAUUUAACUGAAAACUCAAAAGUCUUUACCUGGAAAAUAAAUCACAAACACUCUAAUCCUUGCCCGAGUGCGAGUAUUAAUAAAUUUACACCACCACCCUUUUGAAAGAUUUAAUAAUUGAAGGUGAUUCGACAGUUGACAACCUCCUGAGGUAAUUUACAAAACCAUUCCUUAAGUUAACUCAAGAGUGGUCAAAUUUGCGUUGAACACAGCAUGCCUCAAUGAACAAUGCCAAACAAAUGAAACUGUGCGCAGUAGAAACAUACAAACAAAUACAACUCAAACAUUCAAACAAUAGUUAUUGAUCGAUGUUAAAAAAACUAUUUUGAAAUCCUAUAUCAAUAACUGUGAGCGUUUUGGUAGUGAGUUCAAACUUGCCACAGUGACAGCAACUUUUGUUUACUUCCUGUUGAAUGGCGCCAAUUAUUAAGUCUAUGUUAUCUAAAUAAAGCAUUUUUGUUGCUGUAGUAACAUAUGUGUAAUGUUGCAAAGAAAAAAUGUAUGUGUUGGUAUGCUUAUACCGCGUGCGUUAGUUUGCUUUUACUAUAUUACAUCUUAUUAUUAUUGCACGACAAGUACCCCACACUGCUCCAGUCAAAUAAAUGUUCUAACCUCAGCUUCAGUCCGUACACAAAGGAAAACAAAACUCAUUUGAAAAAUAUAAAUUGCAUAGAUUAAGAGAUAGUGACUGGCAAUUCACAUAUCAACAAUUAUAUAGGAAAACAUGGCAGCAUUGUUACAAUGUUUUAUGUUGAUGUUAUGUAAACACUGUGGACAUGUUAUGUUUGCCUGGUAUUGUUUUUUUUCAUUUACUUGAAAGAGAAUUUUGAAAAUAAAAUUCAA